AUGGGCAGCGAUAACAUUCUCGCCCCCCUCUACAUUAUAACAAUGGAUGAGGUGGACCAGAGAGAAUUUAUGGCCAUCCUGGUGAAGUGCAUCAAGGGUUGUUUUGGACACAGGGGUGAUGAAGUUCAUGUCUGUCCCAAUCGCAGCACACAACGUCGGAUUGAAGAUGCCCUAAAAGAAUUUAAAGCAAUGAUAAGGACUUUAUGCAAUUUCUUCUCCAUCUUUGGACAAGUGUCCCGGAAUCCAAUAGAUGCACAUGGGACUCUCCCAUGGAAGGACAAUACCGCGACGAUACUGUCUGAAGCAGUUGGGGCACCCAGAGAAUGGAUCAUGUGGCAAACAGUUGAAGUGGGAUUGGAGGGAACAUAUAAAGUCGUUCUGUUCUGUAUGGGUGACCGAGCAUCCAUCUGGCUUUUCAAAAGAAGGGCAAAAGCAGAUGUAAGGGGUCUUUGGCUGAAGGAAAGCAUUUGGCUAGCAUUCAACCUAGAGGAGGCUAAACAUCUAGAGCAGGAACAACAGGAACAAGUAAGAACACCAAGAUGGCCAUUUCGGGCUAGUGUUGCUGAUGAUUCGGCUUCUAUCACUGGAGUCAAUCUCGAGCCAUUAAUGAUGGAAGGACAGGACUAG